UCCCCUCUGCGACGCUGCGAAAGAGAAGAGAGAUCUCUCUUUUCUAUAUCCUUAAAUGGGAGGAUUAAAAAAUCAAAAGAAAAAAUCGAUACAAAUUAAGUAGAAAAUAUAUUCGUGUAAUUAAGGGAUUUCAAUUAGUAAAUUUUGAAUUCGUAAUUAACAAAAAUCUAAAAACAGAGAGAAAAAAAAGAAUAAAAAUCUCUACGGCGAUAUUUACACGGUUUCGCCGCCGAGGAGGAGGAAGAGAAUAAUCGUUUUCCGAUGAUGGAAGAGACGACGGAUAACGCCGGGAAAAGCAGCUCUCUGAAGAACGUCGCUGCUUCUUCUGCUCACAACAACCACCGUUACAGAUAUCGAAGCUCCGGGAAGCGUUUUAUAUUCUUCGCUUCCUGUUUUGGGUUUUACGCUUUGGUGGCUUUGACGUACGCGUGGCUCGCAUUUCCGCCGCAUAUCGGCCGUACGGAUCAUGUAUCGUGGUCUUCGUUGGGUUGCAGAGAGGAUAAUGAAGGUUCAUGGUCCAUUGGUGUUUUCUAUGGAGAUUCUCCCUUCUCCCUCAAACCAAUCGAAUCCAUGAAAGUAUGGAGGAACGAGAGUGGAGCAUGGCCUGUGUCUAAUCCAGUUUUAACAUGUGCCUCCUUGACCAAUUCUGGUCUUCCUAGCAACUUUGUAGCUGAUCCUUUUCUUUAUGUACAGGGUGAUACUCUUUACCUCUUCUUCGAAACUAAAAACCCCAUUACAAUGCAAGGGGAUAUAGGAGUCGCAAAAAGUAUUGACAAAGGAGCUACUUGGAUACCUCUUGGUAUAGCUUUGGAUGAGGCUUGGCACUUGUCUUUUCCAUUCGUCUUCAACUACAACGGAGAAAUAUACAUGAUGCCGGAGAGUAACGAGUUAGGACAGCUUAAUCUAUACCGUGCUCUUAACUUCCCCUUAAGUUGGAAGCUGGAGAAAGUUAUCAUGAAAAAGCGCCUUGUUGAUUCUACCAUAAUCCAUCACGAAGGAAUCUAUUGGCUGUUUGGAUCAGAUCACAGUAGCUUUGGGGCUAAGAAGAAUGGACAGUUGGAAAUUUGGUACAGCAACUCUCCUCUUGGCCCAUGGAAACCACACAAGAAGAAUCCUAUCUACAAUGGUAAAAGAAGUGUUGGGGCCAGAAAUGGAGGCAGAGCGUUUUUACAUGACGGGCAUCUUUAUCGUGUUGGUCAAGACUGUGGUGAAAACUACGGGAAAAGGAUACGCGUUUUUAAGGUAGAGGUUAUUUCCAAGGAUGACUACAGAGAAGUUGAAGUCCCUUUCUCUUUGGAAGAUUCACAUAAAGGUAAAAACUCUUGGAACGGACUUCGCCAGCAUCAUUUCGAUGUGAAACAGCUAAGUUCCGGUGAAUUCAUUGGUCUUGUUGAUGGUGAUCGUGUAACUUCAGGCGAUCUGUUUCAUCGGGUUGCUCUCGGUUAUGCCUCUCUUGCAGCUGCUAUUUCCGUGGUUGUAUUGCUUGGGUUUUUGAUUGGGGUUGUGAACUGCAUUGUUCCAUCAACCUGGUGCAUGAACUACUAUGCGGGAAAAAGAACUGAUGCAUUCCUGAAUCUGGAAACUGCGGGUUUUUUCUCGGAAAAGUUAAGGCGGAUUUGUUCUCGCUUGAACCGAGUACCACCUUUUCUCAGAGGAUUAGUGAAGCCCAAUUCCUCCAUGGGAAAAUUUACGCUCGGUGUUAUAGUCCUUGUAGGACUUUUGCUCACAUGUGUAGGCAUCAGAUACAUAUAUGGCGGAAGCGGAGCCGUUGAGCCUUACCCAUUCAAAGGUCACUUGUCUCAGUUCACGUUAGCAACUAUGACUUACGAUGCUCGUCUCUGGAAUCUGAAAAUGUACGUUAAGCGAUACUCUCGCUGUCCUUCCGUCAAAGAGAUAGUUGUCAUAUGGAACAAAGGACCACCUCCUGAACUGACCGAGCUAGACUCUGCCGUGCCAGUGAGAAUCCGAGUCCAGAAGCAGAAUUCUCUGAACAACAGGUUCGAGAUCGAUCCGCUAAUAAAAACCCGAGCUGUUCUUGAGCUUGAUGACGAUAUAAUGAUGCCUUGCGAUGACAUCGAGAAAGGGUUUAGAGUUUGGCGGGAGCAUCCUGAGAGACUGGUGGGAUUCUACCCACGUUUUGUUGAUCAUACCAUGACUUAUAGCGCAGAGAAGUUUGCGAGAAGUCAUAAAGGAUACAAUAUGAUUCUCACAGGAGCAGCGUUUAUGGACGUUCGCUUUGCCUUUGAUAUGUAUCAGUCGGAUAAAGCCAAACUAGGUCGGGAAUUUGUGGACGAGCAGUUUAAUUGUGAAGACAUCUUGCUGAAUUUCUUGUACGCGAAUGCUAGCGGAUCAGGAAAAGCUGUAGAGUAUGUGAGGCCGUCUUUGACAACAAUUGACACUUCGAAAUUUUCAGGUGUAGCUAUUAGUGGGAACACGAACCAACAUUACAAGAAGAGGAGUAAGUGCCUCCGGCGAUUCUCUGAUUUGUAUGGAAGUUUGGCUGAUCGAAGAUGGGAAUUUGGUGGGAGAAAAGACGGGUGGGAUUUGUAGAACAGUAGUGUUACUUGUAGGGCAAGUAAGUAGUUCUUCAAUUAAAAGUGAGCUUCAAACAUAUAAAGCCAUAGCCCUUUCUUAAUAUCUAUUAUUACUUUGGUUGUUGUGUUGAUUGUAGCCUGUAGGUUCAAAAUGUAAUUUUAGCCUAUUUUCCCUUUUUCUUUCAUAUUUUGUUAGAAACCGGUGUGGUGGGAUCAACAAGGAUUAUAUGAUUGAUUUGUUUAUUA